AUGAGCGCUCUUUCCCCUCCAACUACCUCAGCCACGAGCAAAAGGGUCGUCACAAAGCUUGUUCAGGGUCUCGGCUAUGCCACUCAGCUCAAGUUUCUGCUUCAGAACCCUAAUGGCCCUGAUGGGUCUGUUUCAGCUAAGGAACUUUUGAACAAUGUGCAGAGAUCUUUCGCUGAAACGAUAUCUGUGUUGACUUCUUCCGAGGCUGCAAGUGUUGAAGAAGAGAUUGCUCAGAAUCUCGUAAUUUCCGGGGAAGAUGCCUCGCAGGUUGAAAGCAUUGAUCCCAGGUCUGAGGGUUCAACUGAGAGUAGAAGGAGAUCGUUGCCCCUCUCAAGGGAUCGCAGAGGUUCCUACAAAAGAAGUCAACAAACUUUGUUUGUCGGUGAAUUGGGAGGUGGUGCUGAGAGGAUUUGGCGAAUUGGGACGAAGACUGAACAGACAUGGACCAUAGUUUCAAAAACUACCGAUGAUAAUCAUGCAUGGAGAAAGUACGGACAAAAGGAUAUCCUAAAUUCUCAGUUUCCCAGGAGUUACUUCAGGUGCACUAGGAAGUUUGAACAAGGAUGCAAAGCCACAAAACAGGUGCAACGGUUACAAGAGAAUACUGAUAUGUUCAAUAUUACGUACAUAGGCUUUCACACAUGCAAAGACACCCUCAAGGCUCUACAAAUGGUCACAUAUUCUGAAACCUGGGACUCAUUUCUUGAGAAUUCCCAUCCAGACUCAAAUGUGCCAAAUGAACAACAGCAACAUAGUCCUCCUAUCAGAUCUCAAAGCCCAAUUGUUAAACAAGAAUAUCCCAAUCAUGAUGAGACUGAUCCGAGUGAUCUUACAGAUUCCAACCUGUGGUCUGAUUUGAAGGAUUUUGAACUGCCGAAUGACAAGCCUUCCUUGAAAAUAGCAUCUGAAAAUGCAGAUACUGUAUUUUCAUGCACUGGGCUUUCGGAGUCUGGAAAUGGAUUUUGGGAUUGCAAAUCAUGGAAAUUUCUGAGUAAUAGUAUCAUCCUUUAUGGAAAUUACAUCGAAUUUCACUCGGUUAGUUCGUCAAAGACAACUUUCUUGGUCAGGAUUUAA